GUGGUUUGUCUUUAAUGUGUCAUGAACCUUCAAAAUUCAGUAACUAUCUCUGAGACAUAAAAGCAGCUGGCAGACAUCCGCCUCUCAUCAGCAUUCAGCAGGACUUUCAACAACUACAGCAGAGAAACAUGAGGUCUGAGCUGAGAGGGACUCUGAUGAUGAAGCUACUGUCACUCCUCCUGGUUCCGCUGGUGACCAGCUGUUCGGACCUCAGCCUCCCUCUGGACUGCACUGACAUCUACAAUCAAGAUACCAGCCGACCCAGUGGGGUUUACACCAUAUAUCCAAUUGGAGCCACGUCUGCUGUACAGGUGUACUGUGACAUGACCUCACUCGAAGGACAGUGGACGGUGUUCCAGAGGAGGAUGGAUGGCUCAGUGAGCUUCUACAGGCCCUGGGAUCAGUACAAGGUUGGCUUUGGGAACGCUGCUGGAGAGUACUGGCUCGGUCUGGAGAGUCUGUUCCACCUUAGUCAGAGGAAAAAGUACGAGCUGCUGAUCGACAUGGAGGACUUUGAAGGAAGCAAGGCUUACGCUCGUUACUCCUCAUUCUCUAUCGGACCAGAGUCAGACGGCUACAGACUACAACUCACUGGGUUCAUUAACGGAGGGGCGGGAGAUUCCAUAAUUCACAUCAGUGGACAAAAAUUCUCUACAUUCGACAAAGACAAUGACACCUGGGAGAAGAACUGUGCUCAGUCCUUCAUUGGGGCGUUCUGGUACUCUAACUGCCAUUCAGCAAACCCUAACGGACUUUACCGCUGGGGGUCCGAUGGCUCGCUCUACGCUGUCGGAGUGGAGUGGACCAGCUGGAAGGGUCGGGACUACUCCCUGAAGGCCAUCAGCAUGAAAAUACGCCCUGCAACACAAACUCAGUAACUCCCAUAUGAAACGUCACAAAAUGGCCUGAUUUUGAGACCCACAGGUCAAGUCCACAGCCAGGUCAUUUUGCCCUGGCUACGACUCCAACCUACAAUAUUUUCCCUCACAGGAGGCUGAAAGCCUGGCGCCCUGAAAGAGAUAAUAAAAUCAAACAAUAACAUUCUCUCCUACCAAGGUCCCUUUACAGAGGAACUCAUUAAGUGAACUCCUCGAUUCACAGAAGAAAGAAGAUUUAAAAAUUAAAGAUAAUCAUUAAAUAAAUGUUUGUUCAUUGCUACUCAUAAUAAUUAUAAAACAAUGAAAUGUUUCAUUCAUCUGUGCUUAAUAAUAUAUGUUUAGCAUGUUUACUUGACGAGGUCAUCACCAUCUGCACUCACACGAUAACAAAGUGAAGUUAAGUGAACGCAUGACACAUAGUUAACCUUUUGCCCAGUUUGCUCUGGAUCAAAGAGGGUGUGUCUCUGAAAUUCUUGGUAAUAUUCCUCAAACUUGUCAACUUUUGAUUGGCUAUUCAAUCAUAAUAUCGUUUCAUUAAAACUAGACCACUCUGGGUUUUCUGCAGUUCGAAAGCAAGCUUCAGACCGGCCAUCUGAGCAAAACCUCUUUAACCAUCAAGGAUUUUGACACGUCGUCAAAACCUUUUUAAACCUUUUUCGCACCUGCAAAGCUGAUACAACAAGGUAGUUUCCUUCAGAACAAGCUGAUAUUGUUCCAUCUCCUUAAGAGUUAUUCUUGAGACGCAAACUAGUUCCAACUGUCGUUACCUGGAAGAUGACCCUGGACUGAGCUGGUCGUACGAGGAGUUAGUCUAUGGACUCCGGUACCGGGGUCUCCGACCCCCUCCUGACAUCUCGGAUCCAAAGGGCGUCUCCGCUUGGGUACGUAGGACACAGUGAGAUUGCGUCUGAAUGUGGUUUGAUAAAAGUCUAUUUAAAGCUUAACUCAAACCAAAUUCUUUUUCAUCCAGAAUUCAGCUCUCUGAGAUACGGAGAUUCUGACUAUAUUAUAUUCACACAUAGGAUCCAGACAUCACCUUUUAGUUCCAUUCACUCACAGUAAAUAAUAGUUUAACCAAUUUGCCAAGUUUUAAUUGUUUGUAAAAAUAAAUUCUUACUCUUAUAAA